CCUACUCUCACACUCCAUUUUGAUUCUUUCCUUCCCUUCUCUUCCUCGCGCUCCAUAGGGUCGACUAAUUCUCGCUACGUAAAUCUGCUCCACAGAAGUGGAUUUGCGUGGGCGAAAGCCAGCUCCCAGGAAUUCAUCACCAUCUCAAACAGACUGGAGGCUUUCAUUUUCAUUAAUGAAGGCCUGCGAUUACGAGAGGGGUUUUGUCUUGGGUAGGCUUCCAGGACUCUCUGUUUCAUGCAAUGCGCGUGAGUUGGUAGCGUCAUUCGUUUAAAUCGAUCACCUCGUUCGGUUCUUUCCCUUCGUUUGGCUUUUUCUGUCGAUCAUUUGUCUCUACGUCUGGAUGUCUCUCGUGUCAUUCUUGGCCAAGUUCAUGGGCAUGGAUGACAGGCUUAAAACCGUGAAUCGCUCGUUUACUCGAAGCGAUCGAGUAGGGAGGUCCCGAAAGUCAUCAAGGAAGACACAUAACAGGCAAGUCAAGGCGAAGAAAAUGCAAGAGAAGGUGGAAAGCCCUUCACCGGCUACUCCCCUUAUGAGCCCUAUAGUCACCAUGAUUGUGGGCCCUGAGCAACGUGUCUUUGUAGCCCAUGAGGAAGUCCUCUGCCGCUCGCCUUUGUUCCGUUCUAUACUGAAAGAUGAGUUCGCCGGAAACAGCACAAACAAGGCAGUGGCUCUGCCAGAAGAAGAGCCGGAAGUUUUAUCCUGCAUUCUCGAAUUUCUCUACAAAGGCGAUUAUUUCCCUCGCCUGCUACAUAACAAGGGCAUCAACGCAUGGGAGCUCAAGAACAGCCAGAAUGUCACCACCCUCCCCGGUGGCCGCGGGUCGAGCGAAGCGACUAUAUUCCACUCCGCUGUAGGCGACAUUGUCCUCAGGGACACGGUUGUGUACUGUGCAGCCGAGAAGUAUGGACUGGAGGGGCUCAAAAGCCUUGCUCUCCGGAAGCAGGGUCUUCAGAGCGGAAUCCCCAUCGACGUGAUUUUACGAUCCGCUCGGUAUGUCUACGACAACACGCCGGAUUCGGAGUAUCGUCUCCGCGCUCAUUACUUGGCCAUGAUCAUUCGGACCCGACAGAUUUUCAAGACCAGUGGGACCAUGCAAUCUGAAAUGGAAAUGGGCCACAAGUUCUUUUUUGAUCUGUUUGUUGCUAUGUGUAACCAUAUUGAUGAUCUUGAGGAGAUGAGUAACGACGAUUCGCCCAAGAUGGCCUAA